AGGAAGCAGGAAGUCCAGAGUCAUGUGAGUGUGUUUGGAGUGUGGACAGGAGAGUGGAGUCUGCUGCAGAAAAACAACCGACAUGAUCGGAUCGUCAGUGUCCCCCCUCUCUCUCCUCCCUCUCCUCCCUCUCUUCUCUCUCUUCUCUCUCUUCUCUCUCUUGUCCCUGGUUCCUCUGGUCCAGUCCAAUGACAACGGUUUGGCGCGCACUCCUCCGAUGGGCUGGAUGGCCUGGGAGCGCUUCAGGUGUGACAUCGACUGCAAAGAAGACCCACAGAACUGCAUCAGUGAGGCGCUGUUCCGGGACAUGGCGGACCGGCUGUCUGAGGACGGCUGGAGGGAGCUGGGGUACGAGUACGUGAUCAUCGACGACUGCUGGAUGUCCAGAGUCCGAGACAAACAGGGCCGACUGCAGGCAGACCCAGACAGGUUCCCCUCCGGCAUCCCUCGCCUGGCGGAGUACGUGCACAGCCGCGGUCUGAAGCUGGGCAUCUACGCAGACAUGGGCCGCUUCACGUGCAUGGGCUUCCCCGGGACCACCCUGGACCACAUCACCACCGACGCUCAGACCUUCGCAGACUGGGGCGUGGACUACCUCAAGUUCGACGGCUGUAACUCCAACGCUCUGGAGCAGCUGCUGGGUUACCCUCUGAUGUCCAAAGCUCUGAACGCCACAGGACGUCCCAUGGUCUACUCCUGCAGCUGGCCCGUGUACAUCGGCUCGCUGCCCCCGGAGGUGGACUAUAAUCUUCUGAGGGAGAUCUGUCACCUGUGGAGGAAUUACUACGACAUCCAGGACUCGUGGAACAGUCUGCAGUUCAUCAUGGACUGGUUCUUUACUCACCAGGACUUCAUCCAGCCUGCUGCCGGCCCGGGACACUGGAACGACCCCGAUAUGUUGAUCAUCGGGAACUUUGGCCUGAGCCUGGACCAGUCUCGGACUCAGAUGGCGCUGUGGGCCAUCAUGGCGUCUCCUCUCAUCAUGUCCACAGACCUGAGGCAGCUGGACAACGCCGCCAGAGCCAUCCUCCAGAACAAGGCCGCCAUCAACAUCAACCAGGACCCUCUGGGCAUUCAGGGACGCCGCCUCCUACAGGAGAAGAGUAAGAUCGAGGUGUACUGGCGCCCCCUGGUGGACUCGGCCAGCGCUGUGGUGUUCCUGAGCAGGAGGUCGGACAUGCCGUACAUCUACCACACGUCUCUGAGCAAACUCGGCUACGACAAAGGCUCCUACCAGGUUUAUGACGUGUUCGGUGGAUCCAAACUGAAGACUCUGAACUCCACAGAGCAGUUCAGUGUUUCCAUAAACCCGUCCGGAGUGGUCAUGUGGUACCUGUCUCCUGCCAAAAGGAACGCAGGAGUCUGGGAACUCAACCAGGACAAGACCAGGGACCUGUUAUAACGAAACAGCAGAUUGUAACAAGAACUACAGCGACACUACACUAAAAUAAGACAAGAGGUGUGUUCAUAUUUGUCCUGGUUUGAACCUAGUUUAGUCCAGAAUUAGUUCAGAAUUAUUCCCAGUUUUGUGGUCUAUGUGCUGGUGUGAAUGCAUCCUAACAGGGAAUAAAGAAGAUUAAACCAGAGACAAACCUGGGCUAAACCUGGACUAAACUUGAACUGAACCUGGACAAAACUUGGACAAAACGUUUACUAAACCUGGGUUAAACCUGGACUAAAUUUGGACUAAACUUGGACUAAACCUGGGCUAAACUUGGACAAAACUUGGACUAAACUUGGACUAAACCUGGGCUAAACUUGGACUAAACUUGAACUGAACCUGGACAAAACUUGGACAAAACGUUUACUAAACCUGGAUUAAACCUGGACUAAACCUGGACUAAACCUGGGCUAAACUUGGACUAAACUUUAACUGAACCUGGACAAAACUUGGACAAAACGUUUACUAAACCUGGAUUAAACCUGGACUAAACUUGGACUAAACUUGGACUAAACUUGGACUAAACUUGGACUAAACCUGGGCUAAACCUGGGCUAAACUUGGACUAAACUUGAACUGAACCUGGACAAAACUUGGACAAAACGUUUACUAAACCUGGAUUAAACCUGGACUAAACCUGGACUAAAC